AUUGGAUCCCACAGAUUAGGGAUUUCGGAAUUAGGAGAUGGUUGUUCUUUUUGUUGAACAGUUUGCGAUGCUUACUCAUGCACACCUGGGACCGGAGGACGUUGGAUGCAGCCGGUCGCUUGUAUCACAUUGUCGCUUGAAUUCCAGUACACCGAUUGAAGGGUGCAUAACUGAUGUAAAGUCCAAGAUAUUAUCUUGAAGAGGGGGGUCGUUCGUGCUGCUGUUGAAUCCGCAAUGGAAGUUCUAACAAGGUUAAGGCGUGCAGUUAGAGAGCCUUACAAGUGACGCAAAGGAAAUGACAUUUGAACAGAGAAAAAAUUAUCUAUGGCCAAAAAACCAGGCUAAUACCAGGUUACAGUGGACGGGAAGCAUUAUCUAUGGCCAGUGAUGCUUUGGAGGAACAAAUCAGAGAUUUAGUGAGUCGUCAUUGAAGGAAAGAAAAUAAAAAAGAUGUUCGGUGCUUUUAUUAAUGAAAAGGUUAUAAUGGUAAUUUAAGAACUCUUAUGGUUGGGGAAAGGUAAUAAGGAUUUGUAAAGCAUCGGGAGAAUCAAUCCUUUGCUUGCCUUCUUUUUCUUCUUCUAUUUCAACUCUCCUUGUAAACCUUACAAACCCAAAGGAACACAGACCAGAGAGAUUUUGUUUCGGGGAGUCGAAGAGAAUGUCGAAUUCUUCAUCAUCUGUAGACUUGGAGAAUGUGGACUCUGUUAGUCUCAUGACUGAGCUUCUUCGUCGUAUGAAGUGUUCUACCAAAUCUGACAAACGUCUUAUUCUCAUCGGUCCACCUGGGUCAGGGAAAGGUACUCAGUCACCUAUUAUUAAGGAUGAGUAUUGUUUGUGUCACUUAGCGACUGGGGAUAUGCUAAGAGCUGCUGUUGCUGCUAAGACACCUCUCGGAGUUAAGGCUAAAGAGGCUAUGGACAGAGGAGAUCUUGUUUCUGAUGACUUAGUUGUUGGCAUCAUUGACGAAGCAAUGAAGAAACCAUCAUGUCAAAAAGGGUUCAUUCUUGAUGGGUUCCCAAGAACAGUAGUUCAAGCAGAAAAGCUUGAUGAGAUGCUUGGGAAGCAGGGAGCUAAAAUUGACAAAGUGCUGAACUUCGCAAUUGAUGAUUCCAUCUUGGAGGAGAGAAUUACUGGUCGGUGGAUCCAUCCUUCAAGUGGUAGGAGCUACCACACAAAAUUUGCACCCCCUAAAGUUCCCGGCGUUGAUGAUGUCACUGGAGAGCCUUUGAUUCAGAGGAAAGAUGAUACUGCUGAGGUUCUCAAAUCGAGGCUGGAGUCAUUCCACAGGCAAACCAAGCCGGUCAUUGAUUACUAUGGGAAAAAGGGUGCUGUUGCUGCACUCCAUGCCGAGAAAUCUCCAAAAGAUGUGACUUCAGAGGUUCAAAAGGUGCUCUCUUGACAAGUGAGCUCCUGCUGUUUUUAACUUGAUGUAUGCGAGUCCAAUUUAUUUUUGACUAUUUGUCAGUUAUAUGUGAAAUUAACAAUCAUACAUUUUCAACACUCCAAGAGAGUUUUAUAGAGGGAGAGGGAGGGAGGGAUGAGGACAGUAGAAUUGUGAGUCAUAAAUUCUGCCUAGUUGAGCAGUUACAAAUCAAUCUAUCAUUUUGGUUGAUCUUUUCUGGAUCCAA